UCGAGUGGAGAGGGAGUAGACGCAAGAGCGUGCACGCCACGACCGCUUAGUAAUCAAUCAUGUACUAGCCGGAUCUGGUUGCGCAAAAUGCGAGCCGUACUUUUCUGCAACCAAGCAACAAGAUGGCAUCAAUCGAUUCCUUACUGACUCUUACACUCGAUCUGCCGCCGAGCUGUAUCGAGUUCUGGUCUCGCGACUCGCAAUAUGCUGUGGUGGGCACCUAUAAUCUCGAGAAAGAAGAUGGAUCAGGAUUGUCAGAUCCUGCGCAGCAUGAGGGGCAGCAAAAGAAUCAAGAGCGUAAUGGAAGUUUGAUAUUGGUUCGUGUUAGAGACGAUACAGUCGAAAUUGUGCAGACGAUUGCAACAGCAUCCGCAAUUUUGGAUGUACACUUCCUUCCCCAGGAGGGCGCAGACUCCAUCUUCGGAGUGGCAACAUCGACAGGCUCUAUUGGUAUCUAUCAGCUCGACCAAGAGUCAGCCAACGACAUUCCCGAAAUCGUCCUCCUUCAGACCCUCCAGUACUUUCCCGAGAACGAGCUGAUCACCGCGUUCUCAUGGCAUCCCGAACAGUCGGCAGUUGGCAUGACUCUUUCGACCGGCAAAGUAUGUCUUGGCAAAGUCGACCUGGAGAAUCCAUCGCACUUGGACGUUGGCCUUCAUGAGCUUGAAGCAUGGACCCUCGCCUUCCUGCCAGACGGAACAGGCAUUUACUCCGGAGGUGAUGAUAGCGCCUUGAAGUACAUGGAGCUGCCCCGCGAUCAUCCUGGAAGCAAAGAAGAGAUUUCUGGAGCAAACUAUGCCCCUUCAUGGAUCAUGUCAUGGUCGGACAAGAAAGUCCACAGCGCUGGUGUCACAGCGAUCCUGCCAAUCCAUGUAGAUAGUGGAAGCAGUUGGAUAGUUACUGGCAGCUACGACGAUCAUAUUCGUCUGAUUGAAGCUCCCACCGUGGGUCGCCGUCAGGUGCGAGCUGAGAUGGACCUAGGUGGUGGAGUGUGGCGUCUGAAGGUUCUGGACAAGAAGAUGCCAACUCAAGCUGCAGCAAGCUCAAGCGAGGCAAUGCAACCACCCGAAGAACUGUUACUCCUUGUUAGCUGUAUGCAUGCUGGUGCGCGCGUCAUCAGGCUUGUGCGUACCGGUGAUGACUGGCGGUUCGAGGUUGUGGCAAAGUUUGAGGAACACAAGAGUAUGAACUAUGGAAGCGAUUCACAGUUUGGGUUGAAUGCGAAUGGCCAGCGAACAUUCAUAUCUACGAGCUUUUACGAUCGACUGCUAUGCUUAUGGAGGUAUUAAGAUUACAGAGUGUUGGACACAAACAAAUACCUAAUGGCGAACGUACAGGCAAGACGCUUGUAGAUGUUGUCACAGUACUCAGCUUGAUACUGUUGCCAUUCGAUAUAUAAUGUGGUCACAACCUGAAUCGAACGAGAGCUCUACUUUCAUGUAUACGUGGGCUUCAACCUCUGUAAGGAUCUGAAUUGAGGCAUACCCAUACAUGUCAGGACAUCUGUGGAUUCUCUUAAAUAGUUCACACUAUGUCAUUGUGUGAAAGAACAUAGAAUGUCGUAAGCAUCUUCUCGAAAGGAACCCGCUGGAACGUAGCCGGAAAAGGGGUGUUCACUGUACGGCAAUAAGGACUAGAGAUACUACAGACUGGGUGAUGCCCAGGGAAGUCUGAGUACUGGUACGUCGUUUUCGACGUGGUGAUCAACAAGAGAUAAUUGGUUGGACUUCCUGUGAUUGUUUGGGUGCAAUGUGUUAGUAUACAGCCCUUGAAGAAAAUGGCGAG